AUCCUGGAGUAAAAAUCUAUGGCUGUGCAUUACCCCCUGGAGGCUCUGAAGGAUCUGAGGAGGAAGAUGAUGACUAUGUGCCUGAAAAUGUGACCUUUGCCCCCAAAGACGUCACACCUGUGGAUUUCACACCUAAAGAUAAUGUGCAUGGACUGGCUUACAAGGGCCUGGAUCCCCACCAAGCAUUGUUUGGAACUUCGGGAGAACAUUUUAAUCUUUUCGGGGGGGGACCCCAGGGGACCAGCAGUCUUCUUGGAGAGGUUGGAGUAAAUAAAGGAAGAAAAUUGGGAAUCUCAGGCCAGGCUUUUGGUGUUGGUGCCCUGGAAGAGGAAGAUGAUGACAUCUAUGCCACGGAAACUUUAUCCAAAUAUGACACCAUUUUGAAGGAUGAGGAGCCUGGAGAUGGACUCUAUGGCUGGACAGCCCCCAGGCAAUAUAAAAGUCAGAAAGAAUCAGAGAAAGAUCUUCGAUACAUUGGCAAAAUUUUGGAUGGAUUUUCCUUGGCUUCUAAACCUUUAUCUUCUAAGAAAACUUACCCACCACCUGAAUUGCCAAGAGACUAUCGACCGGUGCAUUACUUCAGACCUGUGGUAGCUGCAACCUCAGAGAACUCCCGCUUACUCCAGGUAUUGUCCGAGUCAGCUGGAAAGUCAGUGCCUGACCCAGGGACACACAGUAGACACCAACUGAAUGCCUCCAAACGGGGGGAGUUGCUGGGAGAAACACCUGUUCAAGGUUCGGCUACUUCAGUGUUAGAGUUUCUGUCCCAAAAAGAUAAAGAGAGGAUCAAAGAAAUGAAGCAGGCAACUGACCUGAAAGCAGCUCAACUCAAGGCCAGGAGUCUGGCCCAGAAUGCCUCCAGCAGCAGAGCCCAGCCCUCCUCCUCAGACGUCGGGCACUGCUCGUGGCGCGUGGCACUGAGUGGUGGGACAGCCCCCACGAGAGCCAGCAACUUCAAACCUUUUGCAAAAGAUCCAGAAAAGCAAAAACGAUAUGAAGAGUUUUUAGUAAAUAUGAAACGGGGUCAGAAAGAUGCCCUGGAACGUUGUCUGGACCCCAGCAUGACAGAGUGGGAGCGAGGCCGUGAGCGGGAUGAGUUUGCUCGGGCAGCUCUACUCUAUGUGUCUUCCCAUUCAACCUUGUCCUCCAGAUUCACACAUGCCAAGGAGGAGGACGAUUCAGAUCAGGUGGAAGUCCCUCGAGACCAAGAGAACGAUGUCAAUGACAAGCAGUCAGCUGUGAAGAUGAAGAUGUUCGGGAAGCUCACCCGAGACACAUUUGAGUGGCACCCUGACAAGCUUCUAUGUAAGAGGUUUAAUGUCCCUGACCCUUAUCCAGAUUCAACUUUGGUUGGCUUACCAAGAGUAAAACGUGACAAAUACUCAGUCUUCAACUUUCUGACGCUCCCAGAGACAGCAUCCUUGCCUCCAACUCAAGCAUCGAGUGAAAAAGUACCACAGCACCAAGGUCCCGACAAAUCAAGAAAGCCAUCCAGAUGGGAUACAUCUAAACAAGAAAAGAAAGAAGAUUCCAUUAGUGAAUUUUUAAGUUUGGCUAGAUCAAAAGUUGGUCCACCUAAACAAGAGUCCAGUCCAUUAGUAAUCAAAGAGGAAGAGCAUGUGACGGAAUCACUCUCAAAUAAGAAUAUAAGCAAAGGUGCAGAUUCACAGCCUGAAGGAGAAGGCAGCCGUCCAUCCAUGGACUUAUUUAAGGCCAUCUUUGCCAGCUCAUCUGAUGAGAAGUCCUCAUCCUCUGAGGAUGAGCAAGGUGACAGCGAGGAUGAUCAGGCAGGUCCUGGGGAGGCUGACUUCAAAAGCUCCCAAGAGACUGACUCGGUGGAAACCUCAUCUGUGGCACGCGCUAGCGAGCCGGCACCCCAGGAGCCCGCACCUUCCUUCCCGAUACAAAAGCUGCAGAUAGAUGAAAGAGAACCCUUCGGCCCACGGCUGCCUCCCGUCUUCUGCCCCAAUGUUCGUCAGACACUUGAGGCACCUCACAAAGAGAAACAUAAAAAAAACAAAGAAAAACACAAGACCAAGAAGGAGCACAGACGGAGGAAAGAGAAGAAAAAGAAGCACCGGAAGCACAAACACAAAGGCAAGCAAAAGAAUAAAAAAUCAGAGAAGAGUAGUAGUUCUGAGAAUACGGACAGCAGCGACAGCCAGAGUGAUGAAGAGGGGCCUGCAGACCUGUCACCCCAGGAACUGCUCAGAAGGCUGAAAAGUCUUCCGCUAAGGAGGCAGUAAUUGAAUUCUACCCUGGCCUGUCCCAGUCCCAGGUCUCCUCCAUGAUGGAAGCUCAUCGACUGCUCGCUUAAUACAUUGUACAGAUUGUAUUUAUAUGUAAAUUCAUGCUGUAAAAUAAUUUUUAAAACCUUGACAUUUCAAAGGCUGCCUUGGAAGGUUGCAGAAAUUGAUUUCUAUUUUUAACUUCAGUUAGUGUCAGAGGAAAUAAUUCAGACUGUACAGUUUAAUUAAAAUGGAAUUUUUCUAUUUU